AUGACUUGGGAUAAUGUUCUAAACGAUCCAAAUAUUUCCGAUGUGAAAUUUACAGUUGGUAAUCAGACGUUUUAUGCUAUCAGCAAAAUUUUGGCCACUCAAUCAAAGUAUUUCGAAGGUUUAUUCAAAGAUUAUUGGCUGAAUCAAAAAAAAAAUUUACUUCUAGAAAGUAGUAAAGAAUCGAUUUCUGUCACAAAUGAGGCCAACAAAAAUAUGAGAAUAUCGACUGCGCGAAUUGACGACGACAAAUUUCUCACCCAAAAAAUAUAUAAUCAUGAAAUCGAAAUUCAGGAUACUGAUCCCGGGGCUGUUUUUGCAAAUGCUGAAAUAUUUCUAUACCG